AUGGUCCGCCAGUAUUGGUUGUUAGCGCUACCCAUCCUGGCCAUGGAUGCUGCACUCGGCGUUAUCGCAAUUCCUGGAAGCCAAUCCAACCCAUCUCCUUCUGGAGUGCACAUUCUGCCUCUGAUUGAAGAUGGUUCAGAUGACUAUCAUUCAUGGAAUGCUGAGGUUGCGGCUGGUACUCCCCCCCAGAAAAUGAAGCUGUUUCUGGACAUAGCCAGAUCGACAACGUGGUUCAUCUCUGAUAAGAUCUACGCAGAAUGUGACGGCUGCGUGAACGGGUACUAUCAGCUCAAUAAAUCCAAGACCUCGUCCCCCGUUCUAGGCCAUACCACAGCUUCCUACGGAGAUCCAACGACAUACCCCCCAAGUAACGGCACGUUUGAUCUGGAUUAUCAUAAAGACACGGUUCAAAUUGCCGGCGUUAGCAUCCCUAAUCAAGCUUUCGGUCUUUUGAACCCGUCCAAGAAUGAAUUCAAUGGGAUUGGUGCACUUUCGCUUGGACCCAGUAUGGAACAUGGAUAUGCACCAGGGGAACUCUACAGUUCCUUCCUGGACAACCUUGUUGCAGACAAAAAGGUUGCCAGCCGUACUUAUAGCAUUGACCUACGCAGGCACGGCUCAAAGCCAGCUUCGAUUCUUCUUGGUGGUAUUGACACCGGUAAAUUCAAGGGAAAGCUUGUCAAGAGGCCCUUGGUAAAGGAUGAGCUUGGCACUUUCGGACCUUCAAUCGUUCUCACAGGCCUCCACCAGACUAUCCCCAAUGGCAAGAACAAGGCUGGCAAGGUGACAAGCUACGAGGUCCACAAGAAUGACUCAGUCUUCCUCCUUGACAGUUCGAACCAGUACCUCCGAUUCCGCCACUCCUUCGUCGAUCCUCUUUACAAGACGCUUGGUGCAGUCAACGACGGAAAUGACGCCUAUUUUGUGCCUUGCGAGAGGCGCAACAUGCCUGGUAGCUGGGACUUUCAGUUCGGCGACGUCACGAUCAAGAUUCCGUACAGCAAGAUCAUCACCGACCAGUCAGAUGAUAAGGGCAAGACUUGUUGGGUUGGUGUUUUGACCACCUGGAAGGGACAGCUAGUCCUGGGACAGCCGUUCCUGGAAGCUGCCUAUCUUGCCUUCGACCUCGAUAACAAGCAGGUUGCACUGGCUCCACCAGCCAACUGUGGUGAAAAGCUGGUUGCAUUUGGCUCUGGACCCAAUGCCAUUCCCAGUCUGAAAGGUUGUUAG